GUCUUAAUAAUAAAAGCCAUAGAAGAUUGAUGCCAAUAAAAAAGUAAAUUUGGUACUCUCUAUUUUAUGUGAAAUAGUAGACUUUUGAAACUUUUAGUCCAAAAUAAUCAUAAGAUAUUUGUGUGGCCAUAAAACAUUCACUGGGGGUAAAAAAGGAAAUACAAAGUUAAAUUGCUUCUAUUUAUAACAACAAUGUUGACAUUUUUUUUUUUGGAAUGGAUUAAAAAAGAAAUGUGUCACAUAAAAUGAGUUGAAAAGCAUAUAUAUAUAUAUAUACUUCGUAUGUGUUGGUAAAGGUUAUCUUUCAUGUGUACUGUGUUUAAAAUGUUGUGGUAAUAAAGCACAAUCUCUCCUUGAGUCCAAUUUGGUGGAAGUGGGAGCAGUGGUGCACUUUCUUAGCUAAAAUACUUAAAUUAUCAAAGCGUGGGACAAAGAAAUAAGCAGGAGCAAACAGGGAGCUUUACUAGGAAAAACAAUGGAGUUGGAUAGUGUCCUAGUUCUUUGGCUUGUAUUUUCUAGUUCUUGCUUAACGCUUUUCGCAAGUGAGGAAAUUAUCGAGGUGGGGAAAUCGAUCACUGGUAAUCAGAAAAUGGUUUCAGCUGAUGGAACUUUUGCGUUAGGCUUCUUCACUCCGGGCAAUUCUACAUUUAGCUACCUUGGCAUAUGGUACAAUACCAUCCCAGGACAAACGGUAGUUUGGGUUGCUAAUAGAGAAUCUCCAAUCCCUCAGCAUUCUACUGCAGUUUUUACUAUUGGCGAUGAUGGGAAUUUAGUGCUUUUUGAUGAAAAGGACAAACUUAUUUGGUCAUCAAAUGUUUCAUCCACAAAUUCUACUAUUGGAGCACUGCUAGAUAAUGGAAAUCUUGUGCUCACUCAUGGUGAGUUCAAUAUAUUGUGGCAGAGCUUUGAGCAUCCUACAGAUACAUUUCUGCCUGAAAUGAAAAUCGGUUAUAAUGGAAAAACUGGCAAGCGAAUUAUGAUUAAUUCGUGGACAAGUAAUGAAGAUCCUCAGCCUGGAAAUUUCUCUUUUGGAAUAGACCCUGAAGGACGUCCGCGGCUUUACAUUUUCAAGCAAAACAGUAUUCAUUUUAGGUUUGACGAUACUUAUGAAUACUUAGGAGGGAAUCUCAGAGGAACUGCAUGGUAUCUUUCUAUUGUUUCUCGAAAUGAUGAAGUAUAUUUAACUUAUGGUUACAUCAAAGGCUGGAUAACACUAAGGGUCUUCGUGGAUCCUGCUGGGCAUCUACAGGUGCUGUUCUGCACUCAAUAUGCUAAUAAGUGGAAAUUUAUAUUUCAGGUACCACAAACUCUUUGUGAUAUUUAUGCGCAGUGCGGUCCAUUUGGCAGCUGUGGAGGAUUAACAAGUGAAUUAUGCAUGUGCUUAACCGGAUUUAAACCAAAAUUUUCGACAGAUUGGGAUAAUGGGAAAUGGACGGAUGGUUGUGUUAGAAAAGUAGCAUUGGGUUGUGAUGGCAAAGACAGGUUCUUGAAAUAUGAGAAUAUGAAGUUACCUGAUCACACUAUCUCCUUUGGACAUAUGAGUGUUAACGAGUGUGAAACUCAGUGUAUCAGGAACUGUUCCUGCUCAGCUUAUGCUUAUUUAAAUAGCACCUGUUUAAUAUGGAUUGGAGAUUACUGGACCUUGGCCGCAACUAUUCUAAUGGCAGAGUUCUCAAUGUUCGAUUUCAUGGCUCUGAGCCAAUUACCCAUGGUGGAUCAGGGUAUUCAGCUCACAGACAAAAAAAUUUCAUUGCAAGAAUUGUUUCUGCGAUAUGUGCCAUAUUGGUUCUUAUUAGUUUUAUUUUGUUUAUCUCCAAAAGAAGGUUGAGAAGACAAGAAAAUAGGAGAGGCUACUAACGACUUCCAUGGAGAAAACAAACUUGGAGAAGGUGGAUUUGGUCCCGUGUUUAAGGGGUUUCUGGCUGAGGUCGGAGACAUAGCUAUCAAAAGGCUAAGCAGGAGGUCAUCACAAGGACUAGAGGAGUUCAUGAAUGAAUUGAAACUAAUUGCAAAACUACAGCACAAAAAUCUUGUCAGCCUCUUAGGAUGUUGUGUUGAAGGAGAGGAGAAGAUUCUAAUCUAUAUGUCCAAUUGCAGUUUGGACAAAUUUCUGUUUGACCCGUCGUUGAAGGUUUCACUCAAUUGGGGUACACGUUUUGGGAUAAUAGAAGGAAUUUCUCAAGGAAUGCUUUACCUACACAAGUACUCAAGAUUAAAAGUCAUUCACAGGGACUUGAAAGCAAGCAACAUUCUUCUAGAUAACGAGAUGAUCCCCAAAAUAUCAGACUUUGGAAUGGCAAGGAUUUUCGGUACUGAUCAAACACAGGCCAAUACAAACUGAGUGGUUGGUACAUAUGGCUAUAUGUCUCCGGAAUACGUAGUAUAUGGCGAGUUUUCGGAGAAAUCUGAUGUGUUUAGCUUCGGAGUGUUGCUGUUAGAAAUUCUGAGCGGUCAGCGUAACUCAGACUUUCUCAUGACUGAAAUUUCCGCGUCCCUCUUAGGAUGGGCAUGGAAUAAGUGGAAAGAAGGAAGAAUAUUGGAGUUGAUUGAUCCAUCUGUAAGAGAAACCUGUGACAGUAACAAAGCGACAAGUUGUAUUCUGGUUGCGCUUCUUUGUGUUCAAGAGAUUCCAAUUGACCGGCCAACAAUGCCUGAUAUAGUUGUUAUGUUAAGCAAUGAAACGAUGCUCAUCCCUGAACCAAAAGAACCUGCUUUUCGCAGCAGCUGGCAAGCUCCGCAGUUAACUGAUGUAUCCAUAAAUGAGAUGACAGUUACCUUGCCGAAACCUCGAUGAGAGCAUUUAUUAGUUUUCCGACUUCUUGUAGUAAAUUUUUCUUGUGAGCAUAGAACCACCAUAAUUAUGUUUGUAGAGAGGAGAGAUGUUUGAUAUCUUCCUUGAGAGGGACUCCAGUUUGGGAGAAAUUUAGGCUAAUCAAGGGAGUUUUACUUCAAAAAUUGGGAUUCACUUGUUACCAGAUAAUAACGUCCUUAAUUGUUGGACUUACAAAAGUGUAGUCUCUGGAAGGAAUACACAGAAUUCACUGUUUCACUGAUGUUGUCUUGGUUUUUUUCCUCUUUCUUCAGUGUAUCAAAUGUGUGUUAUCUUGCUUUUGAAGUUCACUUGGCUUAAAUUUUUGUCAAAUUUAAAUUUUUAUGAUAAUGAAGUUUGUGUCUAACUCAACUGCAAAAGCUAGCUCAUGAGGGAAGGAUUUUGCAAUACAUAUAAGUAGACUAACCAACGUCAUAUCUUUAACCUACUUCAUGAUCAGGCCCAACUGGAGCAUGGACGGGGAGUGCAAACGUGGAUGAUCCUGACUCUAAUACCAUGUAAAGAUAUGAUGUUUGAGCCCAACUCAAAACCUAAAGUUCUGAUUUACAGAGUGAAAAGAUGUUUAAAAGAAAAAAGAACUUAUAGAUUGCAAAUGUGAAUAUUAGAGUCAAUAAGAAUACGUGGGAAAAGAAUUAUGUAGUGGUUGAAGCUUAAAAAACUGGUAACCUGUCAGUCUUUCAUUUAAAUACUCCCUGCAUUUUAAAACAGAGAAAAGCAUUUUUAAUCAUUUCCAUGGAUGUGGAAAAUCUCAUUUUGUCCAAAUACAAUCCACUUUCUCUAUAUCCAAGUGACUAAUGUUUUCACAUUCCACAUAGAAACAUUAGUGCCAACUGGAACCUUUUACCAAUAUUUAUAACUUAGGCAAUGAUGAUUUGACAAAUUCAAGUGCUUCACUCGUGAAUAUAAACCAUUUAGCAUGUAUCAGAAGAAUAGAAAAAUUAGAUCAUCCAAGAAACCGUCAAUCCACGAGCAGAGACACUAUCAGAGUAGGAAAACGUAUGUAUAAAAGAGAAAAUUUGAAAUGGAACCAAGAGAAACCUUAUUCUCUACCAUUACAUAUAAAGACUUAAAGGAUCCAUAGAGGCUGAAAGACCAGCGAACUCCCUCAUGCCGAGAGUGUCUGUGAGGGCGGAAGCCACUCUUUUGUUCAAUUUCACUCUAUAUAACAAGGAAUAGUCAUUAUUGUAACACAUAUAGAUUCUGCACAUGAAUGUGUUGCUAAAGGUCAUCUUUUGAACGAGGAAACCUUUGCACGCAUUGGUUACCUUUUGAGAGGCCUAUGCCUCAUAGAAACUGUCACUGUCCCUUGGCCUAUAGAUUCCGACUCUAUCAUUAUCUUAUGUUUGGAGAAGUGCUAAAUUUGUGUAUGCACAUUCUUUGGCAGAGAGGGACCACAAAUCCUUUUAAUUCUCUCAUUGUUUUAAACGUCAUAGAAAUCUUCGUUUAAAAAUUAUUUGUCAUAAAGAACAUUCUCUUUAUUUAAGUACAACUUGGUAGAAGUGGAAGACAUGGACCAUAAAGGUGCACUUUCCUAGAUAAAAAACUACAAGGCAAAAUAGGGAAAAUAAAAAAGAACCAGGUGCAGAGAGUCUCCAUCUCUGAAUUCUACUGCAGUUUUCACUAUUGGUGUUGAUGGGAAUUUAGUGUUUUUUGAUGAGAAGGGUAAACUCAUUUGGUAAUCAAAUGUUUCAUUCCCACAAUGUUGCAGAAGCAUCGGUUGCUUGAUAUG